AUGGGUAGUGAGGAACUGGAUUCAGAUCUGUUUACGAAUUGGGUUCGAGGCUCAAAAGGACUAGAAUACUUACAGGAAGGUCUUCAAGAAUUUGUUGGAGAAAAGGUACUGCAAUGUCGUGACAAUACCCUUCAAAAGAUAAUAUUGACAUUACCAUCUGGAUCACCACAGCAGUGCAACCAGUGUACGUCACAUAAUCUGUCUCCUGAUCAUUUCAACACUACAAAGGCAUGUAGCAGACGCACAUGUACCCAAAAGAGUCCGACCAACUGUUUUGGAAGCAGACCUGUAGGGCGUAGGAAAUGCCCUGGUAGCAUUUGUAGUAAAUUCUACGACUCAAUUAUACACGAGCAUGUAUUUGAAGACCCCUUAUGGAAAAACACUGACCCAAGUACGUGGUGUUCGGAUCCUGGUGGGUGGAGCUAUGCAAAAUGUUUCCAAACAACUAAAGGUCCAGGAACAUCAGCUAAAGAUACAGAUGCUGCUGGUCUCCUAAGCAUUAUUAUAAACAACAAGCAAAUGCAAAACUUUGUGAGCAGUAUUAAUCCUUAUAACAAUACUAGGUCGUUUCAUAUUGCGAGAGAUAUCCGUAAUGAAAUCUUACAUAGCUCAAAGCUUGAAAUAGACGAAACAACUGUGUGUUCUUAUUUGGACGCAUUCAUUGUAGUUCUUCAACAUGUUCAAGAUCCAAAUGGUCUGAUUAACGAUAAGGCAUCAAAGGAAGCGGUUCUUAAACUAACACAGUUAAGAAACAACACAAUUCACAUAAGUCAAGGAGACACAGUAACACUUCUUGAGAACAGAAAUAAGGCGUUAACCGAACUUGACGAAAGAACAGCAGAAUCAUUGCGUAAACUUGAUGAGAAAGCAUUAGCUGUACGCAAUACAUUAAGACUAGAUGUUGAUAAAUUUAAGAAUUCCGUUUUAGUUGAUGUCGGAAACGCUGGGACAUCGGUAAAGCAAACUCUAAUGGCACAGAUUACCAUAGCCGGAAAACAGGGAAUACAAGACAUUGCAGGGAAGACUACUGAUGGUAUAUGUAAAAUUAACACCGCCGGGAAACAGGCCAUACAAGACAUUGGUGGGAAUACUACUGAUGGUAUAUCUAAAAUAAACACAGCCGGGGAUCAGGCAUUACAAGACAUUGCUGGGAAUACUAAUGAUUGUAUAUCUAAAAUAAACAAAGCCGGGAAUCAGGCAAAAAGCGAUAUUGUUGGACAGAAAAUUGAAGCUAUCUCUAAUAUUCGUUUUGCAAAAGACAACGCUUUAUCUGAAAUUACCAAGGCUGGCAAAGAAGCAAAAUCCGAUGUUUUAAGGGGGGCUAGCGCUGCUUCGUCUGAUAAGAGCGAACAUGUUGUAACAAAGACAUCACGUUUCCAAAGAGGUCUUAUGAACUUUGGAAAUCUGUUCAACUGUGCAAGUCCAAAGUCACACUUAAAGGAAUCGCCAAGCCGAUCAAAGCAAGCUUCAAAACUGAAGAAUGAACUAAUUACAUGGUACAAAACCUAUCACAGUACAGUUCCUCUUUCACCACUCACAGAUGCUGUCCAUCUAGCAGGGUUCUACCUUAUGCCAGAAAUUGACAUACACACUUAUCAGGCUGGUGGAGGAAAAAAAACAGCUAGAGUCAAUUCGUUACGUGAUCUGUUUACAUCGGGUAGGAGUGCUCAAAAGGAAAUAAAUCUAUCAGCGGUCGCUGGAUUUGGGAAAACAGCAUUUUCAAAAUAUCUCGCAUUGACGUGGUGCCAAGUUCAUCAAAAGGACGAAAAUUAUAAGCAUUUUAAAAAAGAAGAGUUGAAGGCGUUAUCUGGCUUUGAGUUUUUAUUUCUAGUGCUAUUGAGAGAUUCAGCUAAAGUAUGUGAUGUUGACGACAUGAUUGAAAAACAGCUGAUACAUAAUCUCCCUUGCUCAUCUUCAAUGCCAAAAGGUCUUUUAAAGGACAUUCUUUGGAAUGAAAAAUGUCUUGUUAUAUUAGAUGGACUAGAUGAAUGGACUCAUCCUGACAACGAUUGUUCAAGGUUUCCUAAAAGUAUUCCACAUCGAUAUGCACGUGACAAGUGUGUAAUCUUAACAACGACUCGGCCAUGGAAGCUUGGAAUGUCAAACUUGGAACAAAAAGGCGAAACAGUAGAGCUAGUUAAACUAAAUAAAGACAAUGCCAGGCAGUUUAAGAAAAACGCUAUAAAAACGUUGAAAAAGAACUUAGAAGAUCGUGAACUGGAAAAUGAAGUGUGCGGAUUUGAAAAGGCGAUCAGUGGCCAUGACCUUGAGGAUAUGGAUUCAACGCCUCUCCUAAUACUCUAUCUAAUAUAUUUAUGGGUUGAAAAAAUUCCAAUAGGAAAUUCAGCAGUCGAAUUAUAUACAGGCAUUAUUCAGCUCCUUCUAUCUCGAACAGAAAUCUUACAUGGAAAUUUCCAUUCAUCGUGUAAAACACCUCCGAGUAUUGUCCCUGAAUGUUUCAGAAAUCAUAAACAUUUCUGUAGUUACUACAUGUUUCUGUUGACCAUAGGGAAACUAGCUUUUUAUACAUUGUUCAGUAAGAAAAAGGAGCACACAUUAGUUUUUGAUGAAAAUGUUGCUGAAACAUAUCUUAACCAAGAAGAUUUGAAAUCAAGCUAUCAAUCAGGAAUAUUAUCAGAAAGUAAAGUAAAAAAAUUGAUACACGAAAGUUCUAAAAUCUCAUUUUCACAUAAAACAGUGCAAGAGUACUUUUCAGCAAUGUUCAUAAGUUUUCAUAAUACAAGUGAAGUCAAGAGAAUACUAUUUGAAGAGUGCCACUGUUUACAAAAUAUUCUAGACUUGUCAAAAGUUUUUGUUUUCAUCAGUAACAUGAACCCUAAAUUAAUGUCUGCAAUAUCAGGUGAUUUAAUGCCUGUGAUAAACAACGAUAAAAUAACAAUCAAAUACAGAACUUUGACAAUAUAUGAUUACAUGUACAUUAAGCCAUUAGAAGAAAUACAAGACAUGUACAUUUCUUGUGCCAAGGAAAGAAAGGAAAGCAAAGACCUGAAAUUGUGUUUACAAGAUUUCAUCUGUAAUGAAAACUGUAAACAAGAAAACUACUUCAAACAAUUACAACAGCUGUGUCAACAAAAUAAAGAAAACAUAAAAUCAAUAAUGAUAAUAAAUAAAGAUAUUUGCAGUCUACAAAAAAUUAGCAAAUUAUUUACACUCUCUGACCUCCCACAUGUAGAGAAAUUAUACUAUUGUGGUAAAAUUGUAGGAAUGGAAAUAAUGAGCUUGUUAUUGAACCCUUUAAAAUGUUUAACUGUGAUAUCAUGUAAAUGGGAAAAGCAUCAGAUUGUAGUAAUACGUUGCGGGCUAUCUGCAGAGAUAAAUGACCGACUGGUAAAAUUACAACACCUGGAGUGUUUAAGUAUAGAACAUUUCACCAUGACCCACAAGGUAAUGGAGACAUUGUUAAACUUCCUCACUUGUAAAAAAUCAAUGAAAGAAAUAAGUUUGUACAGGUUAUACUGUAGUGAGCAUGAAACUUCAUGUAGGGGAUUCAACCUUGACCUGUCUCAACAUUCACAACUAAGAUGUUUAGGAUUUGGCCUUAUACCUGUGUCACAAUUAAAAAUGGAUGUCUCAUUGUUAGAGAAAUGUGAGGUAGGUAAAUUAUAUAAACCUGGUGUUGUGUCAUCUUAUCUUAGUCAACUACCAGCAGCCAGGAAACUACAAACAUUUUGGUGUAGUAAUCUAGAAUCAUUCAGUGAUAUAAAAACAAUGGUACAAACAUUACCAUUGUUACAUCAUAUAAAAGAAGUUAGGUUGGACAGCAUGAAUCUAGAUAAAAGAUCAUUAACACUCUCAACUCAAAUGAUCAAUAUUGAACAUGUUUACUUGUUUUAUAUAACAAUGUCUUGUUCAGUGUUAGAUGAUCUCAUUACUGUGAUAAACAAACUACCACAUACAGUGACAGUAUGUAUGAAAGGUUGUGAUAUCAUACCAGAAACAGAAUUUGAAAAGUUUAAAACAGUUAUAAAACAAUCAGUCAAUUUUGUGGUCAUUGGUGAUGGCACCUUCAGGUCAGGAGUGUACGUGUUUGAGUUCAAAUCAACAAAAAAACAAACUUGA